UUUAGAAAAAAUGAAACACCUUAUUUUAAUUGCCAUUCUCCUUCAAUCUUAUUCAUUUGAACUUCAUAGUUUUUUGGAUGAUCCUCAAACUCCUAUGAAGAAUCCCGAAUGGAGAAGAUUUAAAAUAAAGUUUGGAAAAUUUUAUAGCAACCAAGAUGAAGAAACAUCAAAAUAUUUGAACUGGAAAAAGAACAAUGAAAAUAUAAUAAAUCAUAAUUCCGAAAACCACUCUUUCGAAAUAGGAAUUAAUCAGUUUUCUGAUCUGACUCAUGAAGAAUUUAUGGAGAUUCAUGGAGGAUGUUUGAAACUUUCAAAGAGUAUUGUAAAUUUCACGAAAGAAUUUUCAUUACCUAAUAAAGUCAAUAUACCUGAUAAGGUAGAUUGGAGAACUGAAGGUUACGUUACCCCAGUCAAAAAUCAAGGUUUAUGUAGAUCAUGUUGGGCAUUUAGCACCACUGGAGCUUUAGAAGGCCAAACAUUUCGAAAAACAGGUAUUCUUCCCACUUUAAGUGAGCAAAACUUAGUUGAUUGCUCGAAAUCUUAUGGAAAUCAAGGUUGCGAUGGUGGUUGGACGAAUAAUGCAUUUGAAUAUAUUAAAGAUAAUGAUGGAUUAGACAGCGAAAAUGGAUAUCCAUAUGAUGCUAAGGAACUUGGGUAUUGUUACUACGAUGAAAAAUACAAAGAAGCUUCUGAUUCAGGUUUUGUUGAAAUACCUUAUGGAGACGAAGAUGCUCUUAAAGAAGCUGUUGCUACGGUUGGACCAAUAGCUGUUAAUAUUGAUGCCAGUAAACCUUCUUUCCAAAGCUAUAAGUCGGGUGUGUAUAACGAACCAACUUGUGGCAAUGGUAUAACGAAUCUCACCCAUGCUGUUUUAGUUGUUGGUUAUGGAACUGAAAAAGGUCACAAAUUUUGGCUUGUAAAAAAUAGUUGGGGCAAAACCUGGGGAGAUCAUGGUUAUAUUAAAAUGUCAAGAAAUAAGUCAAACCAAUGUGGCAUUGCAACCAGAGCCAGUUUUCCGUUAGUUUAAGUUUUGAAAUAACUUUAAUCAUUCAUAUUUAUUUGGACACAUUUACACAAUUAUAUCAAUUAUUAUAUAUAUUUAGAGAGGUUAAAAUUACAAAACAGCAUUUUUAUCAAUAAAGUACUUCACAAAGCACAAUACACAAUGCACAAACACUUUAAAUAGUAUUGGAAUCAAUUUUAAAAUAAUUUAAGUAUGAUCCUAAAAAAAGUUUUUAGAACUAUAAUUUAAUUCUGUAUGCAUUUAAUAUUUUUUAUACUAUUUUGU